AUGGUCCCGCCAACCCAGAACCGUCUCAUUGAACUGCUCGAUGCAGUCAGAGCGGAAUUUGACCAGCUUACGCAGGACGCCAUAAUGUGCAAAAGCCAACGGGACGAAUUCGAACACAAGAUGAACAGCCAAAUACAAGAAAUGAAUAUGUUUCAGCAGAGCCUUAUGGAAAUGGAAAGGAUGCAACAAAUCAUCAAGAAACAGUACGAAGAGGAGAUUGCACGACUUCGCCAACAGUUGGAACAGGUACAACAUUCUCAACACGGCGCUCCUCCUGUUGCUAGUGGCUAUGGUGGUCCUAGCGGCUACGCGCAACCUCCGCCUCCUGCAAUGAUGGAAUCAAACCAGCCUGUACACCAUCCAAGUUACCCUGGUGGUCCUCCACCUCCACCCGCUGGCGCACAUGGUGGUCCUCCUCCGCCCAUGUCUGCCGGCCCUCCUUAUCUCAAUGGCGGCGCUCCACAUCCUACUAGUACUCCCCCGCCUCCUCAAAAUCAAAUGGUCUCUUCUGGACGCGGUCCGGGAGCUAAUCCUUCCAAGCCGCCCGGAGCUGGACCUCUAGGCGGUGCCAGUGGCAAUCCCAGCAUGGUGGGCGGCUAUGCCGAUAUGGACCCAGAAGCAGUACCGCCUAAUAUGAAAGUGGAAGGACAAGACUGGUUUGCUUUAUUCAACCCAAAGGUCCAGCGACGCUUAAAAGUUGAUUUGGUGCAUACAUUCGAUCACGGCAGCGUAGUGUGCUGCGUCAAGUUCAGCAAUGAUGGGCGCUAUCUUGCUGCUGGUUGUAAUCAAGCCACUUAUAUCUAUGACACCUACUCUGCCACACGUAUUGCGGUGUUGCAAGAUGAAAAUGCCGGCAGAGAAGGUGAUUUGUACAUUCGCUCAGUCAGUUUCAACCCCGAUGGCACGCACUUGGCAACGGGUGCAGAAGAUAAACAGAUUCGCAUUUGGGAUAUCCAAAAGAAGCGUAUUCGUCGCGUUCUUCAAGGCCACGACCAAGACAUUUAUUCAUUGGAGUUCAGUCGCGACGGCAGCUUCCUUGUAUCGGGCUCAGGCGAUCGCACAGCACGGAUAUGGGAUUGGAACGAGAGUCGCUGCAUCCACAACUCGACCAAAAGGAUCAUAGGCGUGACGAGUGUGGCAAUUUCGCCGGACGGUCGAUUGGUGGCCGCAGGUAGUUUGGACAAGGUGGUACGCGUGUGGGAUGCGACGACAGGUCAGGUGCUUGAGCGAUUGGAAGGCCACAAGGACAGCGUGUAUUCGGUUGCAUUUAUGCCCGAUGGCAAGACGCUCGUGAGCGGCAGUUUGGACAAGACGCUCCGCAUGUGGCAACUGGCUACCAACAACAUGUAUAGCAGUGAACGUGGAAAGAAUCCUUGCAAGCAAGUCUUCACUGGCCACAAGGAUUUUGUCCUGUCGGUCGCAACCACGCCCGAUGGCAACUGGAUCGUGUCUGGAUCAAAGGAUCGUGGUGUUCAGUUUUGGGAUCCGUAUACCGGACAGACCCAGUUCAUGCUGCAAGGACACAAAAACUCAGUCAUCUCCGUAGCAACGAGCCCUGGUAGACGACCACUGUUUGCCACUGGCUCGGGUGACAAUCGCGCAAGAAUCUGGUCCUAUGAGCCUAUCGGUCCAUAA